CCGCCACCGCCGCCGCCACCACCACCAAAUCCACAGUCAUGCCGAAGCACAAGUUCUCCGUGGACAUGACCUGUGAAGGCUGCUCAAAUGCCGUCAGCCAGGUGCUGAACAAACUGGGAGGAGUUGAGUUUGACAUUGACCUGCCCAACAAGAAGGUUUGCAUCAACUCUGAGCACAGCGUGGACAUUCUGCUGGAGACCCUGGAGAAAACAGGAAAGGCUGUUUCCUACCUUGGCCCCAAGUAGCGAGGGCCCGGACCCCUGGGCCCAAGAUGGACCAAAGGGAGCAGGACACUGAUCUCCUGCCUUCCCGACAGACCAGGGGCCUGGCAGUCCUGCUCAGCGAUGGUAGUGACCCUCACUUGCCCUGCUUCUCCCUAGCUUCCCUGCAAUAAAGUUGAGCCGCUUUUGUUGGAAAAAAAAAAAAAAAAA